UGAAGUUCGUACCAACCAGAACGGGCCUGAAUAAUACCAUGAAGACGCCUUGUAAACGAGGCCCGGAUAUCCUCUCGGCCUUACGAUAUGUAAUCCGAGAUAACUUCAUGCCAUGAGAUAUAAAAACAAGAAGCCGAGCAAGUUUUCGAAACAGCACUCACUUCUCUCACUUCCAGCAAUGCAGCUCCCACUUGCUUUCACGAUCCUCGUAACCUUUGCCACUAUUGCUGUGGCAUAUCCCACACCAGAAAUGGGGUUAGAAUGUAAUUCUUUGGUUCAGCGCGAACUUCCUGGAGACAUCGUCGUUUUUGACGCUAGGGACCCUGCUUCGUCUGGUUCUCCUGACUCUCCUGACUCUCCUGAUUCCCCCGACUCCCCCGACUCCCCCGACUCCCCCGACUCACCUGACUCCCCCGAUUCCCCCGACUCACCAUUCAAACGAGAGAAGGUUGAACCUAACUAUGACUACCAGAAAGAAGCUUCUGGCUAAUAGCCCAAAAGCGCGACAACUAAAACAUGUCUCCAAGAGGCAUUCCUGACCUUUUUUUUCGCUACUAUCAUCAUUCCUUAUUGUUUUUCAGCUGUAAAACAGGCAAGGAUUCACAAUGGGUGUGAGAGUGUCGAUUAACGGUCCCAACUUGUACUAGUACUGCUACUUGAUGUAGUAAACCAGAAUUCGCGUGUUAGACACAAUGAAAAUUCCAGUUAGCUAUGA